UACACUUGAAAGAAACAAGAAGCUGAGACCUUGCGAGAGGCGAGCUACCGAGAAAGAAGAAGAAAGGAAGGGAGAGAGAAAAAAGAAAAAAAAAAUUAGCAGGGAUCGAGUCGAGCUAAACAAAGCAAAGCUCUCCCUCUGUAUGUAAAUCAGCUAAAGUAGAAUUUAAGGAAAAGAAGAAGAGCGCAAAUAGAGAGAAAGCGCAAAGAAUCGAAAAUCCCAAGUGAGUUGGAGGCUGUAGGUUUCUCUGCAAUUUGUGAAGUUGGUGAAGAGCGUGAGAGUUUAUUUGCAUUGAAUUGAUAUGCGGCUGGGUGAAUUUGUGAUUGUUUGGAAGCCGUUAUAAAGUAUUUUGGUGUGUUUACUGAGGGCGUAGGGGUCUUGUGAUUCUUUUGGAUGGUGUAGAAAUCUGUUUGUUGAGAGAUGCAACCUCAGCAGAGCUCCAGAAUUGAUUUGGUUGAACUGAAAACUCAGAUAUCGAAGAAGGUUGGGGUUGAGAGGUUCAAGAAGUAUUUUCAUUACUUGACUAGGUUCUUAAGUCAGAAGCUGAGCAAAAGUGACUUUGAUAAGUCAUGCUUUCGCCUGCUUGGAAGGGAGAAUCUUCCCCUGCACAAUCAGCUUAUCCGUUCCAUCUUGAAGAAUGCAUGUCAGGCCAAGACCCCACCAGCAAUUUAUGAGUCAGGUCCCACAAAAUCUGCAAUUCAGAUAGCAAAACGUUCUCCUGCUAGAGAAGAUGGACAUGAACAAAGUGGAUCCCUUCUUCCAAAUCAGAAUCAAAAUGCGUCUAUUUGGUCAAAUGGGGUUUUGCCCAUGUCGCCACGGAAGAUUAGGUCAGUGAUGCGUGAUCGUAAGCCCCGAGAUAGACCUAGCCCACUUGGGCCAACUGGAAAAGUUGAAUGUGUCUCACAUCAAUCAACUGGAGUAGAAGAUGUUGGCAGCAAAGUUAUUAUGGAUAAUGGGGGGUUGCCUCCAUGUGAUUAUCAGAGACCAUUACAGCAUCUUCAAGCAGUUGCUGAGCAACCUAAGAAUGAAAGUGAAGGGUUGUUCCAUCAGCCAUUUGAAAAACAAUCAAUACAUAGCAAAGAUCAGAUCACGUUUGUUGAAGAUGGGGAAGAAGUGGAGCAAGCAAACCACUUUACUUUCUCUAGAAAUUCAUUACUUGCGCCUCUUGGAGUACCUUCUUAUUCUGCUACUGCAGGUCGGGCUCGCAAAACUAUGCCAGCAACAAACUGUGGUGAUUAUAUUAGCUGUUGUGAAGGCGGUGUUCUGUCGAGUACAGAGGUGCUGCGGAAACGCAUGGAGCAGAUUGCAGCUGCGCAGGGCAUUGGAGGGGUUUCAAUGGAAUGUGCAAAUAUGCUGAAUAAUAUGUUGGAUGUGUACUUGAAGAAGUUGAUCAGAUCUUGUGUUGAGUUGGUAGGAGCAAGGUCUCCAGAUGAUUCAAGAAAGCACCCCAUCUAUAAGCAGCAGGUUCAAGGCAAAGGGAUCAAUGGAAUGUGGCCAAGUAAUCACUUACAGGUGCAGGCCAAUAGUGGACCUGUGGAAGUUAUGCGUGAGCAGAGGACUCGUUGUGCAAUAUCUUUGCUUGAUUUCAAAGUUGCAAUGGAGCUGAAUCCACAGCAGCUUGGUGAAGAUUGGCCAUUGCUGCUGGAGAAAAUCUGUACACAUGCGUUCGAGGAAUGAAACAUUUCCAUGAAUAUUUGUUGUGCCAAAGCUGCAAUUGGGCAUGGCUGUCCUGGUUCAGAGGCCUUGAUAACUGUUGUUGGAAGUGUUGAUGAACAUGUUCUGUUUGGAUUGCCAUGAUGAACUACAUGGUUCCGCCUUCAGAUGGAGCUCGGCCCUUGCAAGAUGAAAUUGUGGUAUUGAGUAUCCAAAUGUCUGUUUUCCUCCUGCAGAGCCUGUGGGAAUAAGGAAACUAACUAUUUAAAAGCAACCAUGCAAUGGAAACUUUUAAAUAGAAUGCCCAUGAUCGAUUGCUGUGUUGUAUGAUAAGCAUCAGCAUUGGCUGACUUGUGCCAUCACUACAGAUCUGAAGUUCAUCUAUGCAAUUUACAGCCUAUGAAAAGGAAAUCUAAGACAGUUUUGCAGGGAUACUCUUGUGUAGCUUGGGGAAAGGUAAAAUCGCUGGUGUAAGAGCUAUAGAGUUGCUCUUUAUGUAUUUUUAAUCUGAUAAUUGAUUGGAAUUCCAAUAUGAAUAAAACAUUAAUAUCCACUGACUUUUCCUUGUGCUUUA